AAAAAACUGCUUAGACAAUCUAAUGGAUGAAGAUGAGAAAGACAGGGCAAAGAGGGCUUCACGUAACAAGUCUGAGAAGAAGAGGCGUGAUCAGUUCAAUGUUCUCAUCAAAGAGCUCAGCUCCAUGCUUCCAGGAAACACUCGAAAAAUGGACAAAACUACUGUGCUGGAAAAAGUCAUUGGCUUUCUGCAGAAACACAAUGAAGUCUCAGCACAGACGGAGAUUUCUGAAAUUCAGGACUGGAAGCCUUCAUUUCUCAGCAACGAAGAAUUUACCCAGCUGAUGUUGGAGGCAUUAGAUGGCUUCAUUAUAGCAGUAACCACAGGUGGAAGCAUCAUCUAUGUGUCUGACAGCAUCACACCUCUUCUAGGGCAUUUACCGUGUGAUGUCUUGGAUCAGAAUUUGUUAAAUUUCCUCCCAGAACAAGAACAUUCAGAAAUUUAUAAGAUGUUAUCUUCUUGCAUGCUUAUGACGGAUUCUGCCUCAUCGGAUUACCUGAAAACUGACAAUGAACUAGAGUUUUAUUGUCAUCUUCUGAGAGGAAGUUUGAACCCAAAGGAAUUUCCAACAUAUGAAUACAUAAAAUUUGUAGGAAAUUUUCGGUCUUACAGCAAUGUGCCUAACUCCACUUGCAAUGGCUUUGACGAGGCUGUCCCAAGGGCUUACAGAACAUCCCCGGGAAAGCAGAUCUGCUUCGUUGCAACUGUUCGUUUGGCAACGCCUCAGUUUUUAAAGGAAAUGUGCAUUGUGGAAGAACCUCUAGAAGAAUUCACAUCAAGACAUAGUCUGGAGUGGAAAUUUUUAUUCCUGGAUCACAGAGCACCGCCGAUUAUAGGAUACUUGCCUUUUGAAGUGCUGGGUACUUCUGGUUACGACUAUUACCAUAUAGAUGACCUAGAGCUGCUAGCAAGGUGCCAUGAACACUUGAUGCAGUUUGGCAAGGGGAAGUCGUGCUGCUAUCGGUUUCUGACCAAAGGACAGCAGUGGAUCUGGCUCCAGACCCAUUACUAUAUCACCUACCACCAGUGGAACUCCAAGCCAGAGUUCAUUGUGUGCACACACAUGGUGGUAAGUUAUGCAGAUGUUCGGGUGGAGAGGAGACAGGAGAUGGGCUUGGUAGAAGUGUCCUCCGAGGUUGUGUCCUCAGCACUAAAGGACAGUGGCGCCAGCUUGGAUCCUGAACAGCACUUUAAUGCACUUGAUAUUGGUGCCUCAAUCCUCAGCGCUAGUCGAACACCCUCAGUAUCAUCCAGGAGCUCACCAAAAUCUUCCCACACACCCAAGUCGGACCCAGCAUCUACACCAACAAAGCUGAUUGCAGAGUCUAACACCCCCUUGCCAAGAACACCGAGCGCGCAGCAGGAUUUAUCCGUGCAUAGACUCAGUCAACCUACUGCUCUUCAGGUUUCUUUGCCUUCUCAGCCUCCAUGUGAGCUUCUCCCACAGCAGUUACUGCCUCAAGCAACUCUGCAAAAUCAGCCUGCACCUCUGGCACAGUUCUCGGCACAGUUCAGCAUGUUCCAGACCAUCAAGGACCAGCUAGAGCAGCGGACCCGGAUUCUGCAGGCCAACAUCCGGUGGCAGCAGGAGGAGCUCCAGAAGAUACAGGAGCAGCUCUGCCUGGUGCAGGACUCCAGCGUACAGCUCUUCCUUAGCCAACAGCCCUCCUUCAGGCAGUGCUCACUUCUUUUCAUUUGCUCCCUGUUUUCCUGA